AUGACUGCUGUGACUCCUAUGGAGAUCCGUGUCUUCUUCGACUUAGUGAAUAAGGCAAGAGUGGUGCAAGAGUAUGCCAAGACCGUGGCGGUGUCCAAGGAUACUCAUGGAGGGAGCUCUAGUCGGGGGCGUGGCAAGUAUUUUCAUCCGAGAGGACAAAGCUUCAAGAGAGGAGGAGAUCCGCCUCAAGGGAAAGGAGGCUUUAGGAAGAACACCCAUGAUCAGAUUGGUAUAGGUGGGUGCUUCAACUGUGGCUUGCCUAGUCAUUUUGCAAGGGAUUUCACACAUGGGAAGAACCCAAGUGCGGGUCAGGAUCAGCACCAGGGGAGAGUUUUUGCUGUGAAUGCCAAGGAUGCUUCCAAGGCAAAUCCGUUGAUGAAAGUUGAGGAAUUAAGCUUGAAAGUGUCAGAGUUACCUUUUGAUCUGCAUGAACAUACUCGGCAUCAAACAAUUAUGACUAGGUUAGGUUGUAGACAAGUAGGUUUCAAGCUUGAGGGUAGAGACUUUGUGCAUGACUUGAUGUGUUAUCCGAUGGUUGGAUUGGAGAUGAUUUUGGUGUUUGAUUGGUUGUCGAAGAAUCGGGUUUUGUUGGAUUGCUUUGAACGGACUAUUCAGUUUAUGCUAGAAGAAGAGAAUGGAGUAGUGGUAGCUACGGGGUAUUACCUGAACUCUAUAAUGGUGCAUUGUAGUGGGAAGGAGUGUCAGGGUUAUAUUCUGUUGGCUGCUGAUGCAUUGGGUGAUGCCCAGGACUUGGAUUAG